GUUGCACUAAUGGUCCACCAUACCAAGCCUUAAAGUUUAAAUCAAGGUUGCGACCGCGAGGCGUAGCAAGCAUGUCACGAUGACUGCCGACUCGGCAGAUUUAAGCCAGGACGCUGUAAGGCUGCUAUGCUGCCUUCGGCCCUACUACCUCGCAACGUGAACUCUUCCCGUUGUCGUCGCUCUGGCCCCGAUUCGUGACACUAUCGCCCGAUGGCUCCGGCUCAAUUUUAUUGCGAUGAUGCAUCUAUCGCAUCUAUCGCAGCGGGUUAACGUCCUGUGCCAAAUUCAAGGCCGAGCUCAUUAUACUUUAGCCACCUUAGGUCAUGAUUCCAAAUCCGAGUUUGCCUUCGUGUCUGAUUCGAUGCCGAAGCGAUACGGGGUUCGACCAAUAUGAAGAAUGCGGGGGCGCAUCCCCCGAGUUGGACAUUUUAGAACUCGCCUAAAUUAAACAAGACGGAAAAAAGCCAGGAACCUAUUAAAGAAUGAUGAUCAGCCAAUUUAUUAGGAUCCUGCCGUGGGUAUCCGGCUGUCGGCAUAUCUCGACGCCAGGGGAACGUCUGGCUCUGAUGCUGAUACAUAUCUACGGCCAUGUCGAACCGCAUCGCAUACUUGUGGGCAUCUCUGUCGUCGCCGAAACUCGUCGCUGAACUCUACAACCAACCGCGAAGAUGAAGUGGUUAUCUCUCGCUCUAGCACUCGCCGUGCCUUCUCAGGCCGCGCUUCGAUUUGGAUGCUCGACCGUCAGCAUCCAACGUCUCGAUCCCCUCGUCGAGCCCGGCAAGGUUCCAUCAGCCCAUCUUCACCAGAUUGUCGGCGGGAAUGCUUUCAACGCUACUAUGGGUGAUGACCUCGGUGACAGGGGAACGUGCACCACAUGCACGUUCUCUGAAGACUUCUCUAAUUACUGGACCGCGGUCAUGUUCUUUAAACACGCGAACGGAACUUACAAGCGUGUACCCAUCAUGCAGAACACGGCUCUGCCGGACGGCAUUAACGGUGGAAUGACCAUCUACUACACGCAGCAGGACUUCUCGUCGAACGGCAACCAAAAGAUCACCGCCUUUAAGCCGGGCUUCCGCAUGACCGUGGGCACUCCUACGGCUACCUCGAAAUACGGACCCGGUCUUAAAUUUGUCUGCCUUCAAAACAAAGGAACGAGAUUCCCCGAGCUUGAUGAUUUCCCCACGAAGCCUUGUGCGGGCGGCAUUAUGACUGUCCACCACUUCCCCGCAUGCUGGGAUGGCAAGAACCUGGACAGCCCUGACCACCAAUCUCACAUGUAUAAUACCGUGAAGGACGCAUUCCAAAACUCCGGACCUUGCCCCGCGUCACACCCUAUCCGUGUCCCGCAGGUAGCUUACGAGACCUUAUGGGAUACGACUCAGUUUAACAGCCUGUGGCCCAGCGACGGCUCGCAACCCUUCACGUUGAGCUACGGCGACAACACGGGAUAUGGUACUCAUGCGGACUACGUAUUUGGCUGGAAGGAUGAUUCGCUUCAGCGCGCCAUGGACUCUUCCUGCAUGUUCAACGCCUGCGAGAACGGAAAUCCGUUGAAGUCUCAGGGUGUGGCCGAGAUGAACCAGUGCCAGGUGAAGAGCACAGUCGACGAAGACAUCGACGGAUGGCUCACUUCCCUCCCCGGUAUGUAAAUGGCGCAGGCUAAUAAGGAAGAUCCGAAUUGCAAGGGACGGAUAUUCCGAUUUGUCGUGAAGGCUUUCCUUAAUCCAAUCUGCCGGCGCUUAUAUCGUUUAUUAACCUUUCAAGACUGUUAUACCAGCGCUGAUUAGGGCGUAUUACGUUAUGGGGGCCUAUUAAGUCUGUAGCUUCAUAGAGCGAAGGCAAAUGUAUCUGUUAGAUGUUACCUUUACGGCUCUCGCGUAAAACUGAUAUUUAAUAUAUUUCGACGCCGUACUAGAGUCUUCGGCUAUAGAUCUCGGUGACCCGGUUCACUCACUAAUU